CUGGCGGGUGAUGUUGCUUGUAUUGCAAAUGUAUCAUGCCAGGCCUCCCAAAAUGUGUCCAGCUUCAUUCGGCAACGGGAGAUGCUAUUUCAACAAGCUCUGUUCGACUGUAUUAUGGACGCACGAGUGCCAGGUCCAACAUUGCGCUCUAACAUAGCCGAGGAGGUCAAAGGCCGCCUUGAACAUCUGUUGGCUGCGCACGAGAAGGAACCUAUGCAUAUCAUCCCAAGUAUUAGAUCAAGGGCUAGGUUCUAUCAUAGCAGUAUUCAUCUACGCUACCGCUAUGGUAUGAGCGGGGAGAAACUAAACAACCUGCUGGAUAAACCCGUACCCCGCGCUGGCUUGUACUCACAUAAGGAUCGCAAUCGAGUACUCUAUUUCUGGGCUGUUCAUCAAGGUAAUCUAAACUACGGAGAAAUCUCUUAUGAGCUUUCAUUGCCGCUUGGAUGUCUGUUAUACUGGAUUAUGCAUUUCGUCAACUCCAUCAAAUGA